AUGGAAAAUUCUAGCGUUAUCCCUGAACAAAUAGACUUACAAACUGAAGAUAGUCAAUCCGAUAAGGAGAAAGCUAUUACUCCUGACCCUAUAACUGGAAUAGAUCAUAACUCAACCCAGGUCCAAAAAACUGAAUCAUCUACAAUCUCUUUGUCACAAAAUAUUGUCGAUAACGAUAUGGAUGAGAUUCUUGAUUUUGUAGAAAUGAAAUAUAAAGAACAUGUUAGUAAAGCGAUAAUGGAGAAAAUUAGGAAAAAGAAACUUCGGGAUCAAAAUUCAUUUUUGGAUAGUACUUCAUCGGAAUCAUCCUAUGAAAAUCAAAAUCUGGAAUCAUCUAUAAUAUCACAAUCUAUCUCUAAUAGUUUUGAAUUAUCUUCGGAUAAUAAUUUACCAUGUGAUUCUGAGUCUAAAUUACCCACUAAUAUAUCAUCUAAUCAGAGGCACGAAGCGCUUUGCUUCACAAAAAUUCCUUAUAAUCAAAAAGUAGAACAAGGUUUAAGACUCGAACUAUCUAGUUGCAUCAAAGAUAAUAACCACAAGAUUAGUAAAGUAUCUGAUGUUCAAAUCCCUGAAUUCUCUUUAGAAGCGAUUUUAUCAGGAUCUAAUAGUGUUACAUUGCAAAAUAUCAUUAAUCUAUUUAGGGCACAGAAUGCCAUUUCUUCCAAAAUAAAAGUGAUCAGUGUGACAAAUUGUCACGCACAUAUGUCAGAUCCAUCUAGCACAAAUGAUAUAUCAGAUACUAAGAAAGUAUUACCGGAAACUGGGAUAAAUGUAUUGCCUUCAGAUACAAAAACUGAUGUUAUUAAACCAUCUGUAUCUUGA